UACAGCAGGCAUCGCGAUAAGUGGAGAUAACGCGAGAGGACACCAGAGGACUUCUUGACCUAUCCGGGCGGGGCGGGGAAGACGAAAAGGUGGUGGUGAGGCAGGGCCUUUCCGGAGGCGAUGCCGUCUGCAUUCUCAGUCAGCAAGUUCCCCGUCAGCAUCCCCGCCGUGAUCACGACGGACUGGACGGAGCCCUGGCUCGUGGGGCUGGCUGCCUUCCACGUGCUCUGCCUGCUGCUCACCUGCUUCUCAUCGCGGAGGUACAAGCUGCAGGUGGGGCACUUCCUGUGCCUGGUGACCUUAGUCUACUGCGCGGAGUACAUCAAUGAAGUGGCGGCAAUGAACUGGAGGUUGUUCUCGAAAUACCAGUAUUUUGACUCGAGGGGCAUGUUCAUCUCCAUAGUGUUCUCGGCGCCCGUGCUGCUGAACGCCCUGGUCAUCGUGGUCCUGUGGGUGCGCAAGGCCCUGACCGUGAUGACCGACCUGAGGGCCCUGCAGCAGAGGAGGAGGGCCAGGGGCAGGCCCAGGAGGAGUGACGCCUCGGAUCCGGCCUCGCGCGCUCCUGGACUGCACUUAGACCAGCCUUUAGGACAGAGUUUGCCGCAUGUCCACCAGGGCACUCGCCGGGCCUGCAGGGGGUCCCAUCUCUCCAGUUAAGUUGUAAGCAAACGGAGCCGCGCACGUCGCCACACGUCCACGGGACUCCUGUGACCGUGUGAGCUACCAGACAUCCGUCCACGUGGGGACGGUGACUGAGUGAGGGACAGUGCCAUGCACGCGUGGGCACCUCCGUCACCCCCAUCAACUCGCAUCAC